AAUUCUAAAUUGUGUUGUUAUAACUAACUCAUCAACACUUCUAAUUAAUUUUAUGAAAUCCAUUAAAGUUACGAGUUCAACAUACAUGUAUGGAAAACGAUAAACACAGAGCACAAAAUUUCGGAAAUUGUAACUUUCCGUAAAAAGGAAUAAACCUAAACUAAAAUAAAAUCAAUCAAUCAAUAAAAUUGCCGAAAUUUGUAAACCCUGGACCAAUCCAUCUUCUUCUUCUUCUUCUUCGCCUCUCUCUCUAAUCAAAAUUUUUGUCAAUUUGAAGUCUCUUUGACUCUUCUUUCACCGCCGCAGUUAAAAACCUCGUGUGAUUCUUCUUCUUCAUAUAGAUUCCCAGAAACAUCGAAACUGGUGAACCGUGUACGCUUCGUCGUUAGUGAUGCGGAGACGAAAGAUAUCGCCGGAAAAUCAUUGGCCUAGAUUCAAUCCAUUAGAGACUCAUCGGAGACGUCUACGUUAGCGUACCCAAUCCUCCUCCUCUUCUGGGUUGUUUGCUGAUCACACAUAUCUUCUUUCUUCGAUUCUCUCUCAGGGCGUGUCCUGUGUAAUCGUUUAGUGGAUGUGCAAUGCAAAGGUCGUGUAGAACUAGAAGAAGAGUUUCUGUGAACAAGUUUAAUGGAAGGAACAGCUUUUACAAAGUCUCUUUGUCUCUUGUUUUUCUCCUUUGGGUUCUUCUCUUCUUUUCCACCUUGUUGAUUAGUCAUGGAGAUGGUGCCAAAGAUGAGCCUUUGAACGACUCUAUGGGAAUGGCUGAUCCGGAUGAUGGUCAGUCAGAUGAGAAAGUUGUGCCCUUUGAUGGACCAUUAUCCUUAGCGUCUGCUUCUGUUGAUGUUACGUCUGAUUUGAGUCGGAAUGAUGAUGUAAACCUGUCUGAAGAAAGUGAAGACAAAGAACAGGAAGCAGAGAUCAGUAGCACAGUUUCAGGGAAUGAUAUUGAAAGCAAGGACACUUACCUUUUGAAGCAAAGUGAGAUAAAUAAGAAAGAUACAGGGAUUGAUGCAGGAAGCAAAUAUGAUGACUUUCCCAAGAAAAGUGAGAUUAACAAUACAGGUACGUGGAAUGAUACAGAAGGCAAAGACGAUAAUAACUUUUUGAAGCAAAGUCAAUUGAACAAGACAGGCACAGGGAAUGAUACAGAAAGCAGUGACAAUGAGUUCUUGGAGCAAAAUCAGAUGAACAAAACAGUUUUAGGGAAUGGUACCGAGAUCAACGUUUCAAAGGUUGAUCAACCAUCUCGUGCGGUUCCGCUUGGCCUUGAUGAGUUCAAGAGCAGAGCGUCCAAUUCUCGAAACAAAUCGUUAUCAGAUCAGGUCAGUGGUGUGAUUCACAGGAUGGAGCCUGGAGGGAAAGAGUACAAUUAUGCAUCUGCUUCAAAAGGCGCAAAGGUCUUGUCUUCCAACAAGGAAGCAAAGGGGGCUGCAAGCAUCCUAAGCAGGGACAAUGACAAGUACCUCAGAAAUCCUUGUUCUACUGAAGGUAAAUUUGUUGUUGUAGAACUUUCAGAAGAAACUUUGGUAAAUACCAUCAAGAUCGCGAAUUUUGAGCAUUACUCUUCCAAUCUGAAAGAGUUUGAGCUUCAAGGCACCCUAGUUUAUCCCACUGAUACCUGGGUUCAUAUGGGAAACUUCACGGCUUCAAACGUGAAGCAUGAGCAGAACUUCACACUUCUUGAGCCAAAGUGGGUGAGAUACUUAAAGCUAAACUUUAUUAGUCAUUAUGGUUCAGAAUUCUACUGCACCUUGAGUUUAAUAGAAGUCUACGGUGUGGAUGCCGUAGAACGAAUGCUGGAGGAUUUGAUAUCUGUCCAGGACAACAAAAAUGCAUACAAACCCCGAGAAGGAGAUUCUGAGCAUAAGGAGAAGCCAAUGCAGCAAAUAGAGUCACUUGAAGGCGAUGAUGGUGCUGAUAAGAGCACGCACAGAGAGAAAGAGAAGGAAGCCCCACCAGAGAAUAUGUUAGCGAAGACUGAAGCAUCAAUGGCGAAGAGUAGUAAUAAGCUGUCAGAGCCCGUGGAAGAGAUGAGGCAUCAUCAGCCAGGGAGCAGAAUGCCAGGGGACACAGUACUGAAGAUACUGAUGCAGAAGUUAAGGUCAUUGGACUUGAACCUAUCGAUUCUAGAGAGAUACUUAGAGGAACUGAACCUGAGAUACGGGAACAUAUUCAAGGAGAUGGACCGUGAAGCCGGUGUGAGAGAAAAGGCGAUUGUGGCUUUGAGACUUGACUUGGAAGGUAUGAAGGAAAGGCAAGAGGGGAUGGUGAGUGAAGCAGAGGAGAUGAAAGAGUGGCGAAAGAGAGUGGAGGCAGAGAUGGAGAAAGCAGAGAAAGAGAAGGAAAACAUAAGACAGAGUCUUGAGCAAGUAAGUAAAAGACUUGAGUGGAUGGAGAAGAAAUGCUUAACGGUUUUCACCGUAUGUCUAGGGUUUGGCAUUAUUGCGGUUAUUGCAGUUGUGAUUGGUAUGGGAACUGGUCUAGCAGAGAAGACCGGUAGUGGGGCUUGGCUCUUGUUAUUGAUUAGCUCAACAUUCAUUAUGUUCGUUUUGUCUCUUUGAUGAGAGUUUUGGUCUUAUUUUUACACUGUAGAGUCAUGUUACCAAUGGAUGAAAUAUACCUUGUUUUUCAAUAACCGGCACACAUACAUAUACUUAGCAAUUUUCUCAAUAAUCUAAUGCCUAAUUUGUAACAUAGAUUGUAUUCGAUACAAUGAAGUCUUCUUAUAUAGUCUAUAGAAAAAUUGAAAAAAAUGGGCAUAAUUCUUUUGCGGACGUAAGUAAAAGUGAAAGUAAGUGCGUUGAG